UGCUGCAAAUCACAAGAGCCGAUCGUUCAGGCUGAAAGUGUUGUAUUCUCAUGCUAUGUCUACGUGACAUUAUUUACUCAUCAUGGAAGACAAGAAGUAGGACCUUGCUUUGAAAUGUGCAGGACAUAACCGACGACUCUUUGAGCAAGCACAACUUAUCCUACAAAUAAAAGUGAUAACGUUAUCGCAUCCACAACAAUGCACUUGUCCUUAGUUUGCCUCGCCAAGCCUGUUCUUCAUGGAUACUUCAGAAGCUCCUGCUCCUGGAGGGUUCGCAUUGCUUUUGCUCUUAAAGGUAUUGAAUAUGACCAGGUUCCAGUCAAUCUAAUCAAAGAUGGAGGUCAGCAGCUCACUGAACAGUACAAAACAUUAAACCCCAUGCAACAAGUGCCUGCAGUGGAAAUGGAUGGCAUCACCCUUUCUCAAUCACUGGCAGUGAUCCAGUACAUCGAUGAGACCAGGCCAGGACCUCGACUCCUUCCAGCAGACCCAAAGAAACGUGCCCAGGUUCGGAUGAUAAGUGAUCUCAUUGCCUCUGGGAUACAGCCGCUGCAGAAUUUGUAUGUGAUCCAGAAAAUAGGAGCAGAUAAGGUGCAGUGGUCUCAGCACUUCAUUGAUCGUGGUUUCCAAGCUCUUGAGCCCAUUCUAAAGCAAACAGCAGGGAAGUACUGUGUAGGUGAUGAGAUAUCCAUGGCAGACAUCUGUUUGGUCCCUCAAGUCUACAAUGCAGAGAGGUUCAAAGUGGAUGUCGGGCAGUAUCCAACUAUCAAAAGGUUAAAUCAAACCUUACUUGAGAUUGAGGCUUUCAAAGUGAGCCACCCGUCUUCCCAACCAGACACACCUGCUGAUCUGCGUGCAUAAAAUAACAGCUCGACAGCCGUAGAUGCAGACAUACAACUUUAUACAUUCUUAAAUAAAACACUUUGAAAAUAA